AUGGAGGAAGAUAGAAGACAAACAGACCUGGGCACAGCAGCAGAUAUCGAAGAAGCUCAGCUCGCUCAGACGAGUCAAGCCCCUGCCGUCCAAAAUGAGCCAGAGACAGCAACGCCACUGAAACAACCAAAGAAGAGAUUCAUAGGACGAAGAGCAGCAGUUGAAGCCGCAGCAAAGCUCGGAGAGUCAGGAGCAUCAGGGGAGAGCGGUGCUGUUCAGACUGCCAAACCUCGGAGGGCUCCCCGACUUCUAAACCAAGUUCCGAAAGAAAUUCUUGAGAACACUGAUCUGAAAGCUGCCAUUGCGUUAUUGCCUGCUAACUACAACUUUGAGAUCCCCAAGACGAUCCACCGCAUUCAAACUGCAAACGCCAAGAGAGUUGCGCUACAGAUGCCCGAGGGCCUUUUACUCUUUGCCACUACUAUAUCAGAUAUCUUGACGCAGUUCUGCCCUGGUGUCGAGACACUAAUUAUGGGCGAUGUGACUUAUGGCGCCUGCUGUAUCGAUGAUUACACAGCAAGGGCCCUUGGUUGUGACCUGCUGGUGCACUAUGCCCACAGUUGUCUCAUCCCCGUCGACGUGACCACGAUCAAAACUCUAUACGUCUUUGUAGACAUCAGCAUUGACGCGACACAUCUCCUAGCAUCCCUUGAGCGCAACUUUGCCAGUGGCAAAACAAUAGCUGUUGUCGGCACUAUUCAGUUUAACGCUACUAUCCAUGGCGUCAAGAGCAGUCUCGAGCGCGGUGGCUUCCGAGUUCUCGUCCCCCAGAUUGCACCAUUGAGUAAGGGUGAGAUUCUGGGCUGCACUUCUCCUCGUCUGAAAGACGACGACAAUAUCGAUCUGAUCCUGUACCUGGGUGAUGGUCGUUUCCACCUUGAGAGUAUCAUGAUUCACAACCCUUCUAUUCCAGCGUACCGAUACGACCCUUACUCUCGAAAGCUCACGCGGGAGGCGUACGGCCAUGAGGAAAUGCAGUCUCUCCGUCGAACAGCCAUUCAUAGCGCCCGUACAGCACGCAAAUGGGGCCUGAUUCUCGGCGCCCUUGGCCGCCAGGGCAACCCGCAUACGUUGGGCCUCAUCGAGAAAGAGCUCAAGGCGCGAGGCAUUCCUAUUGUGCACUUGCUACUAAGUGAGAUCUUUCCGGGCAAAUUGGCGCUCAUGUCGGAUGUCGAGUGCUGGGUACAGGUUGCUUGCCCUCGAUUGAGUAUUGAUUGGGGUUAUGCAUUCCCACGGCCGUUGCUGACGCCGUAUGAGGCACUUGUUGCAUUGGGCGAGCGACAAGAUUGGGGUGAAGGCGUCUAUCCCAUGGACUACUACGGAAAGGACGGGCUAGGAAGGACAAGGCCAUUGCAGACUGCCUCAGGGUAG